CUACUACUGCUGCUACUACUACUACUAAUAAUAAUAAUUAAUAAUAAUUGUCUAUUAAAGGUAGAUGGAAAAAGAAGGCCUAAUGUAACGGACAAGAAGGGAGGUGGGAUGAGAUGGAAAGUGAACAUAGCAGGAUUUCAUUCUGCCGCAGCCUGGAGGAGGAGAGGGAGGAGGAGGAGGAAGAAGCCUGACGCGGGACGUUUGUGGAGCGGAGCACCGCGGAUUUCCUCCAGCUGGCAACCAGGGGCACAAUGAUGGGAAUAACUGUGGAAUGAUAAGGACCGUUAGCUCAGGAUGGGCAGGCGAAGAGAUCAGCUUUAACUUCAGCCGGUGGCGGUUCAGCUUGGAAAUGGAUGAGUUCCAUCCAUUCAUUGAGGCUCUGCUGCCCCAGGUUCGUGCCUUCGCUUAUACAUGGUUUAACCUUCAGGCCAGAAAGAGGAAGUACUUCAAAAAACAUGAGAAGAGGAUGACUAAAGAAGAAGAGAGAGCUGUUAAAGAUGAAUUACUGGGAGAAAAAGCAGAGGUGAAACAAAAGUGGGCUAGCCGACUUUUGGCGAAACUAAGAAAAGACAUCAGACCUGAAUGCAGAGAGGACUUUGUCUUGUCAAUCACUGGGAAGAAGGCUGCGUGUUGUGUCUUGUCAAAUCCUGAUCAGAAAGGCAAAAUGAGACGAAUAGACUGUCUCAGACAAGCUGACAAGGUGUGGAGGUUAGACUUGGUGAUGGUUAUCCUCUUUAAGGGAAUUCCUCUAGAAAGCACAGAUGGAGAGCGUCUGGUUAAGGGAGGCCAGUGCUCCAAUCCUGUUCUUUGUGUCCAGCCACGACACAUCUCUGUUUCUGUGAAAGAGCUAGAUCUCUACCUCGCCUUCUAUGUCCAGGAGAAAGAGGCAGAGCAGAGUAACAGUCCCAGUCGUACUGGAGUUGGCUCUGAUCAGGAGGACAGUCGAACAGCACCUAUAGAUGGUCCAGAGUUCCAGGAAAGUUUUGUGACUUCAGGAGUCUUCAGUGUUCCUGAGUUGGUCCAGGUCUCAAGAACUCCAGUAGUUACAGGAGUGGGACCUGGUUUCUCUAUUGGGGAGCUUCAAGGUCAUCUAGCCUAUGACCUUAACCAGUCCAUCAACCAACCGGUCAGCCUGCGACGGUCACUGGCCAGCACGUCCUCCAGCGGGAGUAAACGCCUUAAGUCCGGCUCCAUUGAAGAGGAUGCUGACAGUCCUGGAGGGGAGUAUUACAAUUCACCUGCAUCUCCUGCAAGCAGCUCCAGGAACUGGACUGAUGACUUGGAAGGAGGUUUGUCUCCCCCAGUGAAGAAGGCAGAGCUGGACAGCCCUUCUCCACAGGAGGGCUCACCAAGGAUGGGAUCCUUCACUCAGCACCACCGGCCAGUUAUAGCAGUGCACAGUGGUCUCUCUCGAUGUCCUCAUCCCUCCUCAUCGCUUCACUUUCCAUCUUCUUCCUACUUUGCCCAUGGAGCAAUCCGAUACCCCCCCCAUCUGGCCCAGGACCCCUUGAAGGAUCUAGUCUCGUUGGCUUGUGACCCUGCAAAUCAGUCCCCCAGCUCUCUGAAUGGCAGCACUCAGGUUAAAGUGCCCAGCCAUUAUAUCUCCUCCCAGAUGUUAGCUCCCCCAGGACCAGCAUCCUCCCUCCCCAGACCAGCAGUUCCCACAGAGUCCAAAGCUUCUACCUCUGCCUCUGAUGGGGGGGGGAAUUCCCCUACAUCACCCACAUACUCUGCUCCUGGGACCCCACCUGCCAGCCAGUCUUCCUUUGUUGGAGUCAACCCCCGAGACCCCGGGGGGCUGUACCACGCCCAGUCUUGGUAUCUGGGCAACUAAGCAAACUUUGGCAGAAAGCUGAUGAAGCUGACAGCACACUCCUGGAGGAAAUAAUCCCAUCAAGACACCAUCAGAGCAGAAAACAUCCUGGUCUCAUGCAUACAUAAAUAUAUAUGACCAUGUAUUUAUGUAUGCUUCUCACAAGAGAGGACCUAGAUGGAAGGUGGAUGCUGCUCAGCCAUGUAGCGGUGCCUGAUUGAACUCUGCUGUAUAAUACUGCAUAACUGUCAUAACUGACAGCUUCUGGGAUUUUCACAUGAAGGCUAUGGGUUGGUGCAGAUGUCAGAUUGGUUUCUAAAGAACUACACAUCAACUCUGCAGGUUCUGGGAAGCUUGUAAGCCCACUGCAUCCCAAGGAUGGACCCUGUUGUCCCAGGAUACAUGUCAGCCUUUAUUCCAGGCUGUCCGCUUUAAGUCCUGCUGGAGGCCUGUAUACAUCGCAGCUCCAACGACUGGAACCUCCGGUCCUCCUGCCUUCACAAUGCAGGUGCUGCUUUUAAUAUAUGCAAACAAGCCUCCAUUCAUUUCCAGGCUGACUAGAAUGUUUCUAUGUAUGUUUGCACUUUUUAGUCAUUAUUGAGAUGAGCUGAGUUUCUUUUUCAUUCCCAUCCAUCCUGAGACAGAAGCUUUCUUUUUUUGACAAUCAUCAAUGCAACCUAAAAGCUUCAGCUUUUAGGUUUCAUUGCAAAAUAUUUAAUAUGCUUUCAAGCUGAAAACAAGGAGUGAAAUAAGAUUUAUCUUCUUGCCUUGUUCAACACAACACAAGCACUUUUAGAGAUUGAGAGGAAAAGCUAGUAAACUUCUGUGGAUGUUUGGGAUAACAUGCUGGAGAUGUCUGUUCCUAUGGAGACACGGGUUUCUGUCUGUGAGUCAGGACCUGUUGACAUGCAGCCAUGUUUCUGGGUAAUGAAGGUGAUCAGUGUAGAAAGCAAUGCAGCAACCUGUUUGAGUUUGUGCGUUCUCUUUCCUGCUCUGUUUUGAGGAGAUGUUAUGUUCUUGUGUCUGUUUUGGAGCAGAAAGCCAACAGUGCACUAUGGUCAUAUUGACCUCCUUUUUUUGAGAAAGACUUGGUAUUGUUAAGCCUGACUGUGCUCUAAAGUGUUUGUGGUGUGCAGGAGUUCUACAUACUGAGCUGAGGAGAGGAGGAUGGUGUCUCUUUGACUUCUAGAAAGAGUAUUUGGUUCUGUUAGGUUCUGGAAUGGCUAACCUCAACCAUAUGUGCACUGAAUGUACACUGUGUGGGACCUCAGGUUGAGUUUCAGACCAGAGCUGACAUCAGCAAUGGUGUGAGGAGACAAGCAAGGACCAGGUUUUAAAGGCAGAUGUCGUUUUUCAUGAUGCUAAAAGUCUGGGGUCAGCUGUAAAAUAAUGCUUUAGUCAAUUAUUAUUAUUAUUAUUAUUAUUAUUAUUAUUAUUAUUAUUAUUAUUAUUAUUAUUAUUAUUAUUAUUAUUAUUAUUAUUAUUAUUAUUAUUUCUAAAUCGUGCUGCAUAGAACAUAUUAAACAUGAUCAGUGUUUAAUUUGAUCAGCGUAAUCCCCUGCUGUCUUUAUGUAAAGGAGACUCAAAUCCACAUUCUUAUAAUGAAACUGAAUCAAAACAGUAUUCUCAUUAUCUCUACUUCUAUACUCUUUUAGUACAUAACUCCUCAUCACGCUUUCAUUUGUUGCUAUGGAGAUCAAAACACUAAACAAAAAUUAACAAAGAAAUACUUGUCCAGGACAAAUAGUACAGGUCCAUUCAAUAAAUUAGAAUAUUAUCGAAAAAUCCAUUUAUUUCACAAACUUUAUCUGCAAGUGAAACACAUUGUAUAGAUUAGUAACACACAGACGGAUGUUUGAAAGCCCUUAUUUCCAUUAGUAAUGAUAAUUAUCCACUUACAUUUAAUGGAAAUAUGACAAUUGAAAUAAAUAAUAUAAACAUUUUAAUACAGAAAUGUUGCCUUAUAAGUGAAAGUAUGUUUAAUACUUGCUUAUUUCCAAAAGUUACUUUUGAUCUGACAAAUGAGCCUCAUAUUACAAGUUAUUUAAUAUGAUUACACGUUUGAGCAAACAAAAACUUGUAAAAUUAAGAGUUUACCUAAAUGUGUCCAUCGGAUGGUGGUGGGUUCUAGAAGAACUAAAAAGCACACUAAAUGUUUCUGUUCGUAAAAGCCUCGUCAGACUUUAGGCUUGGUUCUCAAUAUUUUGCUCAUAAUUUGUGUGACAUAGAAUGUCCUGCAGGUUGUGGUCUGAAGUUUAACACCAUGUUUGGUGUCAUCUGUCUUGUAGACUGGCAAAGCAGUCUACAGUUCACUUUGCUGUUCUAUACUCCAUGAUGCAGCAGUUUUAUUUCCCACCUUUAACAUCUACAAACAAACUAAAUUUUAUGUUUUACCAGUGCACUUUAUCUGAUUGGAGCUGUUGUUUAUCAGCUCAUUUCAUCUCAUCACUUUCAGUACGAGCUGCUUAGUAGUGCUUUUUGUCCAAACCUUGCAUGUUUUAAUGCUAAAAAGUUAUUUUGUUAUUGCUUUGACAACCCAUAAUUUCAAAUAAUCUUCUUUAUCAGGAUUGUCAAACUUCGCUUCUCAAGUGGUUUGUGUUCUGGAUGUUUAAUGAUCAUGAGGGGUGACUGGUGGGCCUCUGUACAGUUGGAUCACAUACUAAGGUAGAGAUUCAGCCAGCUGUGUCACAGCAGGUUCACAUCUAACACAACACUUCUCUUAGCAAAGAGCCGGACACCUUCGUUCUAUAAUACACUCCUAGUCUGUGUCCAAAGUGUGUCCUGUCAGCCAUUUGCAGCCAUCAGAAUGAAUUUACAACCUCCACUGAAGGAUGGUACCAAUCAUUUGGUGCAUAUUUAAUACAGAACAGACAACCAAGGCCUUUCAGAGUACAUGCAGUCUAGUGAAAGUCUUAAAAUGGAAAAAUACAAAGCAUUCAUCCUUUAUAAACUAUGUUUUGGUGCUUGAAUUUAAAUAUCAAAGGAAAUAAAACAAACAUUCAGUAACUUUUUGUCAAAGGCAGAGUGUGGUGCAGCUGUUAAUCUUAAAUACAGCAAGGUUUGUCAAAGAGAGAGUGACCCAUAUUCAAUUAUGAGAUUCAGAAUUAAAUUUUGUUCAAGAAAAAAUUUUGCCCAAAAAAUUUAGAAUGCAUUAUUUCUGUUUCGAUAAGGAAAACAUACAAACCCCCAUCAUGUUUUAGCAUAGUCAAUAAUUUACAUAUUGCUGUUCUAGAAAAGUAUGACUAGCUUUUUCAUUUUAUUUAAAUAUUCGAUGUUUAUUCUAUUGCUGUACAGAUAAUAGGAUUAUAAAAUGAUCACCGUUUUAGAUCUAAUCUAAUUUUUGGGCCUUUAAACCUGAUGUUGGCAAAAAGUUAGGACACUUCUAGUCCAUGUCACCAUGGAAAUGUGGCUCUCUCACUGUAAUAUCCGUCUGGUUUGAUCAGGGUUCAGAUUCUGUCAUAUUUCAGAAGUGUGACCCAGUUGGGGCCCAGAACCACAAUCAACAAAAAUAUUAUACAGUAAAUGAUAUGCUAGAUUGGAUAUUAUUUCUGUGAACUUUUUUUUUUUUCGUAUUUUCAAAAUACUGACUUACCAGGAGAAAUCCAGACGUGUUGCAAGGUUUAUAGUCAGAAAAUGGAAAAUGGUUUUAUAUUUUGAUGGUUCAUCGAUUUGCCUCCUGCUGAGUUGUGAUUUUACCAAAAUGUAGCCAUCAAGUGUUGGAAGCCAAUGUGUGCAGAUGCGGGACAGUGUCCACUACUUUGUCUUCCAUGUCAAAGCCUCCAUAUGGAUCUUGUCAGGUGCUACAUGUAGAGAAAAUCCAUAAAAUUUAUUCUCACAAUGAUUCUUCCCUCCACGCACAAGUUUGGAUUUCCUACCAACUUCAAAAGAAAGACACAAAAGAGUCACUUCCUUUCCCUUUGGUGGGGCUCUCGCCUGUUCUGCAUGGUGCUGCGACUACUGCUGUGCUGACCAGAGGAAUGCAUGGCCUUACCUAAUAUAUCCCAACUUCUAUCCUGCUUUGCCUUGCAGUACUCUGGAGCAGCUGAUGGAGAGCCUCUCUGUGUCUUUCUGUUUUUAUUACAGCACUGCUUUUUUGCACGAUAGUUCAUAAAACACAUUGUGUGCCUUGCCUAUACAUAGGAAGCAGUAAAACAUUGAGGAAAGCUGAGAUGCAGCAGACAGCACUUUUAAAGGUGCAUGAGGGAGUUUUUUGUCAUUCUGCAGGGUUGCAGAUGUUUUAGGUUGACCAACUGUCUAUUUUCCACAUUUCGGUUGUGACUGUAUUCUCAGAGAUGGGAUGGUUUAGUGAUGGAAAUGAUUGUAUGAAAAAUAAUCUGAUGUCAAAGUUUCUGUAUGUUUCCCUAAGAAAGAUUGCUCCAGACAGAGUCUGCUACUUUGUGGCUCCUUCAGAUUUAUAAGCAGCUCUCUGAGUCUUCAGCACUGAAUAGUCAUAAUUGAGUCAUAUUGUGUUAGACCAUGGAACACCUCCAUCAGUGGAGUGAACUUCCAACCAUGUAACCAAGUCAUGGAACGUUCAGGUUCAUUCUCCAUCACACUGGUGCAUAUUUAUAUCAGGAGUGAAUGAAUUACCCCGUGUGAAGGAAAUGGCUUUCCAGCAUUGCCUCUGUGUAUAUCUGAUGCCGUAGUGUAGAUUAUAGGAUUUCCAGUUAAAACUGGAUCCACUAAUUAAUGGCUAGAAUCAGCGUAGAGUGAGCACUGCAAUCUAGAAGGCAAUAUAGCCCACAUGUAGGUGCCGCUGAAAUGUAUGUAAACACUAUGCAAUGACCUGAUAAUAACCUUAUACCAUACGAGUAUGCUAAGUUAUGCAGACACUCAAUCUGCACUGAUGAAGAGUCUCUCAUCUUGCUUUCUACAAAACCGUGUGAUGCCAGCUGUAGUCUGAAAACGAUUUAACAGCGUUGGAUAUUGAGCUGCUUACCACAGCAGGCUGAAAUCAAAAGACAACUGGACUUUCACUCUCUUUUCCCUAUAAAGCUAAACUGCAAGCCUUCAGAAUUGACAAAGGCUACAUUCAGACAGUAGGUCUUGAUGUCCAAUGUUUUUCUGUGUGGACGUUUCUAUUACUAAUUAAAUGCAACAGCAAUCAGACUUCUGAGUUCAUAAGACCCAAAGCAAUCCGCAUGCGCAAAAGAAGAACGUGGACGUCACACAGCAGCGCUCUGUUUACAGCAGUAAUAAUAGCCGCUGCUGUCUAUGGAUGAAUUUUAAAGUUGCUGAAAGCUGACAACACGGUCACCAGAUCAUUACCAGACGAAGGAAGCUGAUGAGAAGAAGAUAUCUGGCUUGGUAAAUCCAGACAUGGUAUCAACAUAUCUCUUGUUUACAUCAACAAGAGAUAUGAUGCAUAUCUCUUGUUGAUGUAAAAAUCAGAUAAAAUGACAUUACCAUUCACACUGCAUACACUUUGAAAGCUAUUGGAUACAAUUUAGUCUCACAUAUGAAAGUGGUAUAGAUCAGAUUUUUAUUUUUUAUUUUUUUGGUGAAAGAAAUUGGAAUUGCGCUGUUCAGACUGCUGUGAAAAAGUCGGAUAUAGAUCACAUUUUGGCAAAAAAUUGUAUUUGGGUCGCAUUGACCUGCUCUGUGAACUCCUGGACAGGGAUAGGUGUUGUCUUCAGAGAAAACUGAAUGAAAGCCCGGCUCCCUUCAAGUUCAGCCGGUUGGACAUGACCCAGAUGACUGAGAAUAUACACAGGCAUGUUGAGCUUCUUGUUUCAGGUUUAUUUUGAAAUGACUUUAUUAUUCUCUCUGUUUGGCUUCUUGGCUGUGAACACGUCAGAAUGUAUGAAACAUUUACAGAAUUGUGAAAAGUUGUAAAAAAAAAAAAAAAUGUCCAUAGAAUGUUUAAGUAUCUUGUAUUCAUGUAUGUUGAGGCAUGUGUGUGUGGGUGUGUGUUUCAGCCCACAGUGGGAAGUGACAGAAGUAGAGAAUAUAUUUAUGAGAGAUGGGGAGGAGGCAGAGGUGGUCUUAGAGACAUAGUUUGGUUUUGACAAUCUGCAGUAACAUUAGUAGAGAUUCUGAAUCAUUCGUGUGACACAAUUACCAAGAUAAGGUUUGAUUAAAUGUUGCUCCUCCCAAGCCUUAGCUAAAAGCUGAUGUUAAAACUGUAAAUGAAAAACUGUUUUCUACCAGGAGAUUUAACUUGAAGCUGUUUAAUCUGAUUCAUGACAAGUUAGUGCUAGAACUCAACACACCAACAAGCUCUGUGAGUCAUCCUACAGAUGAAGUGCUGCAGUUCAGGUCCAGGGUGAGUGAGACUGCUGGAGGGAAAGAAAAGUCACAGGUGGGGGCAACAAGAUCCUGCACUGGUUAAAUUAAAAAGAACGUCAGUGCAUGUUCUGUGUUAAACAUAGUCUUCUGGAAGAGCAGAACCUGAUUAAGGCAUGAAGAGAGUGAUGUCAGAGCCAUUGUGGCUGUAAAUCAGCCUAGUGUUCAGUCUGCUGACUUGAUGAGACGUGAACAUUUUAAACAUGUGCUGAUAGAAAUGAUGGACUGAAGGAAAUGUUCAGUCAUUCACUCAGACUUUGGACAGGGAUCAGGAAAAUUUUAACUUUCUUUCAGUCAUAGAAAACUGUAAUUGUUGGGCUAGUGACUAGCUAAUCCAUGGUCAAAACCUCAGGCUAGAAUUAUUAGUAAAAUAACAAUAUUGACUCUAAGCAGAUUGAAAAAUAAGACAAUUUUCUGAAGAGCUCAAAAUGUGUUUUUAUUAUUGGUACAAAAUAAUCAGACAAUGGAAGAACUUUAGCCAUGUAAAAAUCAUGUGCUACACAGAAGUCAUUAUUUUCAUGCAAAUGCAUCAAGUCAACAGCAAAUAAAAAACUACCAAAAAAUAAUCUCAACAUGCAGUGCCUAUGAGAUUCAUUACAGCAUGGAUAGAGUCAUGUAUAUCCUCCACCUCAGUUCAUGACAGUAUGCAAUCCAGUGCAGGUCUGAAGGUGACAAGCCAUAAAACAACCCAAAGAGACUGAGCUGUAUGAUGUCCAUGGAAAAACUUCAUAGGAGGUAACAAAUCCAGGCAGCUUCUUCCUGUGAUGAAUAUUCAUGGCUAUUUCUUUUUAUCAACCCAUGUAAUGCCUUUUUCUGAAAAACAUGAAAAGGGUCAUAUUUAGAGUAAGGACUCAAUAUUUUAUUAAGAGGUCAGUGCUAAAGGAACCUUCAGGGUUUUUAUUCCCUGUUGAGCCUGAGCAGGUCACCAACCGUGCUCACAGGCCCACAUCACUAAACGGCUGGUGAAAACACACUUUUCAAUAAACAGCAGUCAGUGAGUCUGGACAUCCUGAUGGCAGUCAAAGACUGUUAGCUACACCCAGUUGUGUGUGUGUGGGCGUGUGUGUGGUGGGUGUGGGUCAUGUCAUCGCCACUUUAUUUAACAGCUGUUGCUGCAGCUGUGAGUCCUGCCUUCUUUGCGAGUCAGACAGCUGAUCACUUCCUGCUGGUAUGUGGCAGUGAGCUCUGAUCGCUGCUGCAGGGAAACCUGGCUCACUUCUGUCUUUAUCCUAAGAAGAAACUUUUUUAUUUACCAAAAAACUAUUUAGACCCUAUAGAGCAUUUUAGAUGAAGCACUGAUGAAGAAAUCAUUGAGUUAGAAGGAAACAAUGGUACAGAAUGAUGAUUUGCUUAGACUUUCAUCCAAAAGUGUUAAAUUAAUAUGCAUUUACGCUGUGUGUCAAAUUUUUAUAUAACGACUAAAAUAUUUCACUCUUUUAGGCUGAGGAAAAGUCAGGUGUUACUUCAGUGAGAAAAUGUGCAAAUGAACAAAACUUCCUUCCUUGAUGGGGUCUUAUAGAGAAUUUACUGUUUGCAGACGACAAUGUCAAACUUCUGUAGGGAGAAUUUUUGCUCUGUUCCAGCAACCUGCAUCCCAAUGCAGCUGCUUUCUGGACCUGUGCUUUAGUUCAGACCCUUACAUGAAUGCCUAUCUUGUUCCGUGCUUAAGAAACCCUGCAGCCACAGAUUCCUGUAGUCCCAUGUUUCUAAUUUGAUUUGAUGUGUGUCCUACUUGGAUCCUGAUCUGCAGCAGAUGUCCAGAUUGAGCUGUCAAGGUUGCAGGUUUUCCUGGGAUCAGAAGGCCAGUCUGCUGGCUCACAGCUGCUCUGCUCUUUACUCUGCUUGCUGUAGGCACUUUGUAAAGAAUCAGACAUUUUGUUGUGAAAGAUCACUUUUUUGGAUUUUUCCCAACAGAAUUGCUCUAAUGUAUAACAGACUGCUUUGCUUGUCUCCCGAUAAAUAUAUUUAAAAUUUUCCUUUUUACAGAGCAGGCAUGCAAAGACUUCACAUGGAAUUGCAUGAUUAUUCAGCCAUGCCCUUUCACAACAGCUUUUCAUACAUGAAGGAAGAAGAAACAAACAAAAAAGGGUCAAAGAUUUUAUUUUCAUGUGUGGGUUUGUCUUAGAGCUGGUUGUCGUUCCUCCCAAUUUUCUAAAAAUGCUUUGUACCAGAACCUGGUUAUGUAACAAGCCUGACGUAACCCAGGGUUACUGUCGUUUACUGUCCCAUUGCAGUGUGUGUAACACAAAGUCAAAACAAUAAUGCACAUUUAUAUUUGAAUUAGGAAGAACUGGACUGCGGAGGUCAGCCUUGAACUGGAUGUUCACUGUGGAAAGGGCUACUGCUUUAGACCAGAGCAGUUUUAAAAACACCUUUGACAGCUUUAUUAUUAUUAAUAUUGUGUUUGCAUGUUGAAACAAAUAUCAAACUUUUUAACAUUGAGUAAAAAUUUUUAGACAGUAUGUUAAAGUUUCUGUUCAUUUUUGAAUGUCUCUGUGGUUUGUUAACUUUUCUGUGCAUGUGCAUCUUUCAUUGUUAUUCAUCUGCUUUGGGGGAAACCUACACAUUUGAUAAUGUGUCUUUAAUGUUUCCAUAUUUACCAUUCCUAUCAGCAAAUUUUAGUGAAUUCAUUACUGGAGCUGAGUAUGUUUUCCUAUGCAAAAUAUACCAUUAAUAAACAAACUAUACUGAUACCAAGAA